CCGGAAGCGCGCGCCGGGUGGUGGCCGCGGCGAGUGUCUCGCGCUCCCUUGGCGCCCCCGGCGCCCUCGCCCGUCCCCGGCGCGGCCAUGGCGCGGAGCCUCGCCUGCUGGCUGGGCGGCUGCCUGCUGGUGUCAGCAUCGGGGCUGGUGCCACCUCCUGAAAAUGUCAGAAUGAAUUCAGUUAAUUUCAAGAACAUUCUACAGUGGACGUCGCCUGUUUUUCAUAAAGGGAAUCUGACUUUCACAACUCAGUACCAAAGUUAUAGGAAAUUCCAAGAUAAAUGCAAGAGCAUUACCUCGACCCAAUGCGACUUCUCAAAUCUUUCCAAGUAUGGCGACCACAUCUUGAGAGUCAGGUCUGAAUUUGCAGAUGAAUAUUCAGACUGGGUGAACAUCUCCUUCUGCCCUGUGGAUGACACCAUUAUUGGACCUCCUGCAGUGCAGGUAGAAGCACUUGCUGAUUCUUUACACAUGCAAUUCUUUGCUCCCCAAAUUGAGAAUGAACCAGAAACAUGGACCAUGAAGAACAUUUAUUCCUCAUGGACUUACAAUGUGCACUAUUGGAAAAAUGGAACUGAUAAGAAGUUUCAAACUACUCUUCAGUUUGACUCUGGGGUCCUCAGAAACCUGGAGCCCUGGACAACUUACUGCAUUCAAGUUCAAGCAUUUCUUCUUGUUCGGAACAAAACUGGGGAAUGGAGUGAGCCUGUGUGUGAGCGAACAAUGGAGGAAACAACCCUUUCCUGGGUGGUGGCCGUCGUGCUGAUAGCUUCGGUCUUCGUGGUGUUGCUGACGUUCCUCGGCUGCUCGGUCUCCCUGUGGUACAUUUACAAGAAGACCAAGUACACCUUCUCCCCUGGGAAUUCACUUCCACAGCACCUGAAAGAGUUUCUGGGCAACCCCCAUCACAGCAAGCUUCUGUUCUUCUCCUUCCCACUCUCGGAUGAGAACGAAGUUUUUGACAAAUUAAGUGUCAUUUCCGAAGACUGUGAAAGCAGCAAGCAGAAUCCUGGUGACAGCUGCAGCUUUGGGACUCCAUCUGGGCCAGGACCCCCAGAGCUCAUUUCCAAGGAGGAGACUCAUUUCCAAGGAGGAGACCCGUACGGGGACUCCCCACUUCUCUCAUCUGCCUCAGAGGGUGAUCAGAGUGACUGCCUGAGGAAGCCCCAGAUCUAGAACUCCUACACGUGGACUUGUCCAAGGAGCUGAGCUUUGAAGGCUCAGGUGGCAGAAAUACUCCAUCCUGUGAAC